AUGACUAAGACGUACGCCAAGGCCAAGGAGAUGGCCGAGCUCGUCAGCUCCCAGGCCUGGGUGGAUGGAGCCCUGAGCUCCCAGGAGGAGAUGAAGGAUGAGGCCAGCAGGCAGGGCCCCUAUGGGCUGAUGGCCAGCUUGGCCGGGGAGAACGGCAGCAUGGAAGAGGAGGAGGAAGAGGAGGAGGAGAACGGAGACAAACCCAAGCGGCGAGGCCCAAAGAAGAAGAAGAUGACCAAGGCGCGGCUGGAGCGGUUCCGGGCCCGGCGGGUCAAGGCCAACGCCCGGGAGCGGACCCGAAUGCACGGCCUCAACGACGCGCUGGACAACCUGCGGCGGGUCAUGCCCUGCUACUCCAAGACCCAGAAGCUGUCCAAGAUCGAGACGCUGCGGCUGGCCAGGAAUUACAUCUGGGCUCUGUCCGAGGUGCUGGAGAGCGGGCAGACACCGGAAGGGAAGGGCUUCGUGGAGAUGCUCUGCAAAGGCCUGUCCCAGCCCACCAGCAACCUAGUGGCCGGCUGCCUGCAGCUGGGGCGGCAGGCCCUGUUCCUGGAGAAGCCCGAGGAGAAGCCCCCGGCCUGCGAGUCGGCGGUGCCCGGCCAUGCCUUCAGCUACCAGUCCCCCGGGCUGCCCAGCCCACCCUACGGGACCAUGGAAACCCACCUGCUCCACUUAAAACCUCCGGCCUUCAAGGGCAUGGUGGACCCAUCCUUUGGGGGGCACGCCCCAGACUGCACCACCCCGCCCUACGAGGGCCCCCUCACGCCACCCCUCAGUAUCACUGGGAACUUCUCCUUGAAGCAGGAUGGGUCCCCAGACCUGGACAAGCCCUACGCCUUCAUGGCCCACUACCCCUCCGUGAGCCUGGCCGGAGCCCACAGCCACAUGCCGCACUUCCAGAGCGCGGUGCCCCGCUACGAGAUCCCCCUGGACAUGAGCUAUGAGGCGUAUCCCCCCCACGUGGCGGGGCCCCAGCUCAGCUCCCUGUUUAGCGAGUAA